CCAGAUCGCAUUGACGUCCCGGCUGGUGAAUAAUUAAGCGGCCUCCUCCUCUGAGGCAGGCCUCCGUCUGCAGGCCGCACUCUGCAGCCUCCUCGCUGCCCACUGAACCCCGGGUGCCUGUAGAGACCGACCCUCAGUGCUCCCCGUCUCCUGCUCAGCACCGGCACAGCCACCCUAAUGGCACCCGAGAUGGACCAGUUCUACAGGUCCACCAUGGCCAUCUACAAGAGCAUCAUGGAGCAGUUCAACCCUGCCCUGGAGAACCUGGUGCACCUGGGCAACAACUACCUUCGGGCCUUUCACGCCCUGUCCGAGGCAGCUGAGGUGUACUUCAGGGCCAUCCAGAAGAUUGGGGAGCAGGCCUUGCAGAGUUCCACCUCGCAGAUUCUGGGGGAGAUCUUGGUGCAGAUGUCGGACACCCAGCGGCACUUGAACUCAGACCUGGAGGUGGUGGUGCAGACAUUCCAUGGAGACCUGCUGCAGCAUAUGGAGAAGAACACCAAGCUGGACAUGCAAUUCAUCAAGGACAGCCGGCAGCACUACGAGAUGGAGUACCGCCACCGAGCCUCCAACCUGGAGAAGUGCAUGUCUGAGCUGUGGCGCAUGGAGCGCAACAGGGACAAGAACGCCCGGGAGAUGAAGAGCCUCCCACAGGAGAGCGUGAGCCGGCUGCACGCGCAGAUGCAGGCCUUCGUGACCGAGAGCCAGAGGGCCGCGGAGCUCGAGGAGAAGCGGCGCUACCGCUUCCUGGCCGAGAAGCACCUGCUGCUCUCCAACACCUUCCUGCAGUUCUUUGGCCGGGCCCGGGGCAUGCUCCAGAGCCGCGUGCUGCUGUGGAAGGAGCAGUCGGAGGCCAGCCGCAGCCCGUCGCGCGCCCACUCCCCGGGCCUGCUGGGCCCCGCGCUGGGGCCGCCCUACCCCGCGGGCCGCCUGACGCCCACCCGCCUGGACAUGCCCCCCAGGCCUCUGGGAGAGUUCAGCUCCCCGCGCAGCCGGCACGGCUCCGGCUCCUACGGUCCUGAGCCCGCCGAGGCGAGGUCCGCGUCCCAGCUGGAGCCAGACCGCCGGUCCCUGCCCCGGACGCCGUCGGCCGCCUCGCUCUACACCAGCAGCUCCCAGCGCUCGCGCUCCAACUCUUUCGGCGAGCGCCCGGGAGGCGGCGGCAGCAGCAGCGGGGGCGCCAAGAGAGUCCGCGCCCUGGUCUCCCACUCCGAGGGCGCCAACCACACGCUGCUGCGCUUCUCGGCCGGAGACGUGGUGGAGGUGCUAGUGCCCGAGGCCCAGAACGGCUGGCUCUACGGCAAGCUGGAGGGCUCCUCCGCGAGCGGCUGGUUCCCCGAGGCCUACGUGAAGCCUUUGGAGCAGGUGCCCGGGAGCCCCCUGAGCCCCGCGAGCCCCGUGACCUCCCUGAACCCCGCGAACGAGCUACCUUCCAGGUCCUACCCGCUCCGGGGCACCCACAGCCUUGAUGACCUCCUGGACCGGCCAGGCAACCCCGCAGUGUCCUCCGAGUACUGGGAUGGCCAGUCUCGACCCCGCACCCCAAGCGGGGCCCCAAGCCGCGUCCCUAGCCCUGCGCCUGCACCCUUGCCUGGCAGCCGCCGAAGCAGCAUGGGGGGUGUCAAUGAUGUCAAGAAACUGAUGUCCUGGGAGCAGCACCCUCCAGAGCUCUUCCCCCGGGGCACGAACCCCUUUGCCACCGUGAAGCUGCGUCCCACUGUCACCAAUGACCGCUCGGCACCCAUCAUCCGCUGAGGGGCGCCCCUGGGGGGCCCGAGGUGGCCUGUGCACCUGCGUGGAGCUGGUGUGGUGGCGGUGAUGGCAGCAGCAGCCCCCGCGGAUCCCAGAUGCUGGAGCCCUGACCCCGCGGGGCCUUCCCCACCCGCCCCUCAGCCCGAGGGCUCAGGACAGCGGCCUGUGGUCUGGGUCGUCACAGCGCAGCAGGGGACUGAGGGACAGAGCAGCCUCUUCCCUCAGGGGCCGAGAACUCUCCCAGGGCAGCCUCCUGACCCCAGCCCUGCCCCCACUCUCCCCGUGGGGAGGAGACCCCUGCCCCCCACGUGUCCCCUUUCACUUUUGUAAAGGAUGAAAAUAAAGGCAGUGGGCGUGG